UAAACGCACACUGUCCUCUUUCCAACGUACCAGUUGAAAUAUCCAUUGAAAGCGAAGCACGGCUCAUUAAAACGCAGCGCCGGACACUUGACCAGAGCGGCAGCAGCGGAGAAGCAGCAGCGACGGCGGCCUCUUCACAGGACAAUUGUACACUUAUCCUCAUCUAUUCGUAGGAAUAACUCGUCUGCGUGCGUCGGGUUCGUCGGUAAUCUGCUGUUCCGACUGACGAAGCGGCACAGAGCCGUUACAUAAGGCGAGUAACGGAGGGAGAUGAGGCGUUACAGCGGCGCGGCGCUGUGAUCGCAUGUGCUGGCGGGGCUCGGCGCUGGAAAGGGCGACACGAAACGGACCGCAAGCUGAAUUCGUUCGCGUGCGUGAGCUCCCGUCACGUUUUAAGGGUAAUUUAUUCAGGCGAGCGAGCUUCAGCUCGGAAGCCGCAUCCGACGCGGGUCCUCUCGCUGCUGUGUGCGUUUGAAUUAAGUUAGCUAGGCGGCUAACCAGGACGCGCUGCGGAGGAGCCAGUGUGCGGGAUGACGAACAGAGGAAGCCGCCACCAGACACGCGCUAAUGGCUCACGUUAAUUGUUCAAACCAUAUUUGUUAAUUGGGUGCGCGUGGUUAACAUAUACAGCUUCAUAGUCGGUGGGCCCUGCUUUUAUUCAUGAAACGGGAUGUAUGGGUCCAGGUCUUAAUUUGGAAAACAAAGAAUUAGGCUACUGAAGAGGAGUAAGCUGUUAGAUAAGCUUGUUUUAGCAUUUUUGUUUGUGAGCUAGCAAGCUGGUUCCCGGAUCAGCCACACGGUCUGGACCGUGCUGCUCCCUGCUCUCCCUCUGAGCCUCAAUUGGAGUAUUUUUCUUUCUAUUUUCGGGUUGCACGUUUUUUGUUCUCUCUGCGCCGAAACCACAAUGAGCGGUCAAAGCGGAGACGCCGGGCCAGUCGAAGUGGAGCCCAUGCCGGGAUACUUGGACCUCAUUACCAGAGCCUCCACCGUGAUGCUGGGCGCAUGGAGAGACUGUAGUUCUUGCGGUCUGGAGCUCUCCAAACGGACUCUCCUCGAUAACGCAUACAUUACCUGGACCGAAAUCGUCCUGUUCCUCUUUAGCGCCUUUUUGUGGACGCAAGUCAGGCGGGGACUGACAGAAAGUCUGUUUCAGCCUCUAGCACAGUGGUGCAGGCUGCUGCCCAAAGAUGCUGCCAAGAUGCCGGAGAGUGCGUGGAAGCUGGUCUUCUACACCAUGUCGUGGUCAUACAGCACCUACCUGCUCUUCUUCACCUCCUACUCCUUUUUCCAUGACCCGCCCUCUGUCUUCUACAACUGGCAGAGUGGUAUGUCAGUGCCUGUCGACAUCGCCAUAGCCUACCUGAUCCAGGGCAGCUUCUACGGCCACUCCAUCUAUGCUACAGUCUACAUGGACGCGUGGAGGAAGGACUCAGCCGUAAUGGUGGUGCACCACAUCAUCACGCUGGCACUCAUCAGCUUCUCCUACGCCUUCAGAUACCACAACGUAGGGAUUCUGGUGUUGUUCCUCCACGACAUCAACGACAUCCAGCUGGAGUUCACCAAGCUCAACAUCUACCUGAAGUCCAGAGGAGGAGGCAAUCACCUGCUCAACGACGUGCUGUCCAACAUGGGCUCCGUCAGCUUCAGCAUCACCUGGUUCUGGUUCCGUCUCUACUGGUUCCCUCUCAAAGUGCUGUACGCCACAUGUGUUUCCAGCCUCCAGUCUGUCCCCAACAUCCCCUUCUACUUCUUCUUCAACACUCUUCUCCUGGCGCUGCUGCUCAUGAACAUCUACUGGUUCUUGUUCAUUGUGGUUUUUGUAGUGAAGGUGCUAAAGGUGAAAGAGGUGAACGACGUCAGGGAGUACGAGGAAGAGGAGGGCAACAAGGCGGCCGCCGGACUGCUCAGAGAACCUCGGGCAGAAAACAAAGAUGGUGAUGCUGGACAUCACAACUCUGCCCAGGGGAAGCAUGUGCAGAAUGGGGUCACCAAAGAGAAGCACCUAUAACAGGCUCUCCGUCGCCACCACCUGGCACUGGGCUACAAGUACAAGCAAGACGAGACGCCCUCCUUGGACGCUCACGCUCGCCGAAGAGAAGAGUGUCACUGCAAGAAAAAAAGGGAGGAAAAUAGCAAGUUGGGCUGCAAUUAGUUUUUACUCUUUUUAUUUGUUUUAGAACAUUUCAUUUCAUCGCUGUCAUUUUGUUUUGUUUUUAUUAGAGCACUGUGAAUGCUAUUUCAGGUGACUUUUUUUGUCUUAUUGUUGCAACCUUUACAUUUGAUAGAAUCCGUAGAAACAGAAACCAGUUUGAGUGAGAGUUGGACUGUGAUUGUCACGUACAGAAGUGCAGGGUGUCAUGAUCAGCACCGUCGCCCUGGACAACGCCGCAGCACCCAGACGCUUAUAGGCCCGUCAUGGUUCUGUAGACAUUUAGACCAACAGUAAGCUUUAGCAACCUAAAGCACUAUGCUAAUUAUAUAGGGGAGCUGUGUUUGCCUUCAGUGAAAAAUUCCUUGUCUCCUUUAACCUUCGUCCGUCCAUCUUAUCUGACGCAAGACAUGAGGAGAAAAAGGCUAAAAGAAAUCCUGAUUCAAAAGAGAAACAUUGCGUGGUUCCGAGCAUCAUUUUCCACGGCUGCAAAGGGGCGUAACAGCCUGUCUGGCAUUACAAGCUGCUGUUUCACCACAUGUAUUGAUUUUCAUAUCAUUGCACAAAUCAGUGGUGGUGACCGCACAGCUCUGGCGUCCAUUAGUAUGAAUUGAAAAGCCACAUUGAUGUGUGUAGGUGUGUGUGUGUGUGUGUGUGUGUGUGCGCGUGUGUGUGUUGGGUGUUUCAGGAUGGAUGUAGCUGGAUCUUUAAAAUCCUUCACAACAUUUCACCUCUUCGUUUUGAUUUAUGUUUUUUUACAUUUUAUCUAUUGUACUGAUGAUCACCAGGCAUUGGAAAUAUUUAAUUGUAUGGAAAAAGCUUUUUAUUCUUUUUUUCUGUCUUUCCUACUUGUGUUGCUGCAUCUGUUGCUGCACUGACAUGAAGGCAGACAAGCUGGUUGCUGGUUUAAUGACAGCAAAUAGCUAGAAUUGAUUGACUGGGUUUCAGUUUCAUCCUCGUCAUUUAAUUUAUUGAAACAAUAUGGAUUUGAUUAACAUUUAUAACCAGUUUGUGUGUGGUGGCGGCUAUAAGGUCCAUAGAAAUUUGGAACAAUAGCGCAGAACUUGUGUAAGGAUAAAGAUCAGUGUUAUGGGGAAAAAAAGAUGUAUACACACAUUAUGGUAUUCAGGAAUGCAUGACAUCGAAUGAUUUUGGAAAUAUGCUAUGAAAUUGUCUUACAAACAAUGAAGAAAAAAUCCUCGAGCUAUAUAAUCAGAAUGUCUUUAUUAAUGUCUAAAAAUCUUCCUAAUGACCUAAUUCUUUGCAGCAGCAGUAACCACUGAACACACAAAACGUUGGCUGACCAACACACACAAACCAGUGUGUGAUAAACUGUCCUGUGGUAUUCAAGUGUGUGUAUUUUAAGAUAUACACACACACGCAUUAAGAGAUCAGAUUAAACCUUAUUUCGUCCCAGAAAUCCCACCUAUGGGAAAUGUAAUUCUGUAAUUCCAAAACAUUAAAUUAAACUACAGCGAAAAGGUUUCCCUUCAAUCGAGGAGUUACCCCGGAUCCCAGUUUUGGUGUGUUAGUGGAAACAGCUGUUGCACUAGUACAAAUAAGGGAUAUUUCUAUUCUUCCUACAGUCUCGAUCAAAUUCCAGCUCUUGUUCGAUGAACAGCAUGCUUGUGCUGCCGGAGCGCGCCGCAGAUGUCGCGCUGUUUUAGUUUCUCUGUUCGUCUUCCACAACUCCAAAUCAGCACAUGAGGGGAGUUACAAAUAACUUUUAAUUUGAUAUUAAACUAUCACUCGUAUUGCUGUAGGUCAGGUUAUCAUUGUUGAUUUGUAUAUUUUUUUUAAUUUUUAUUGCUGCUGUUUUUCCCUUUUUCUCAUAGCACUGUUGGUAUUCCAGUUUUUUUUCUCUUUUUUUUUACUGCCAUGUACAAAUCGGUGAUCGUGGGCUCAGAUCAGAUCUUUCCAGGGAGAGUUGUUUUGUUCAUCUACAUCACAAACAUCUGGAUUUAGUUUCAGAUCUCCUGUUAAUCUGAAUGCAGGCUCACAAUCAUUUUACUGUAGUCAUUAUACAGCUGUACUGUAAAGUAAUAUGUUUACCUAACAUGUUGCUGUGUGUGUAAUGUAUCAGACGUUCAGAGUCCCGUGGCUGACUGGUUUUACGAGCACGGUGUUCUGGCGGGACAAGACCUCCGAGGUGCUGAACUGGGAGACGAGACCAGAUGUGCUGAUAUUUUUGUGAUUUGGUGACAGAUGACAGGAGUGAAGUUUGCAGUAAACCCACAAAGACCUGUGAUCUGGAUUAGAUGUGUCAAAUCUGGUAUGGUACUGUGUGCAAAAGGAGCCCCCACACCCCCACACCCACCCACCCACAAUGUCCCGCUACAUGCGGUCCUAUGAUGCGAUGUGUGAACAAGCAGCUACAACUAUGAGGGGUGGGCGAAACAAGGAAAUGCACCAUCAGACGAUGGAAAGAUUGGAUUUUAUAAUUUAGCAUCUAAAGUACUUAGUCUUUUCAGGUAUUUACUUUGAUGGAUUACCCAAAAGCAGCUGCAGCAACUACUAGGUGUGGAUUAGAUAAGAGUCAAUUGUUAAAAAGUUAUGUUCAAUGUCAGUCUGAUGUGUCAUAAAUUGUAACCAUGUCGCCCACCCCUAACUGCUACCCAAGACAAAAUUAUCUGUAAUUGAAGGAAAAAAAACAAGACAUUUGGUGAUAUUUCUCUAUGUAUUUGGCCGAUUCUCCAAAAAUGUGGAAACACGUCGCAUGAGAAGCUCAGUUCAGUCAGACAACUUUGUGAAUGCACAGACUCGACUUUGAUGUCUAGUCUUUGCACCUCCGCGCUCUUCCAUUUGAAUAAACAAAGAUCCUCCUCGAGGAGAUUAGGGAGUGAAACAAUGGAGCCGUGUUCCCCGUCUGUGCUGCUGCUUUCCUGAUGAGGAGAGUGGGACCUAUUUGCUUUGCAGGCUCUGGGCUGAUCUCGGCACUCCUUUCUUCCAAACAUUACCAUCAACAAAGAAAUUUAGGGAGUGAUGAUAAAAAGAAGCAGUGUUUAUGAACCAAGACAGAAUUUGGAUCCAAGUCUGACCUCCUCGUCACUCCCUGAUCUUAUCGUAUGGAAAUGGGCCAUAAAAUGAGCGUUUGCAAACGGAGCAUUAAAGUAAAGUAUUUUUGGACCGAACACAUCAUGCAAGUUGUCCGCCUGAACCGGCUCGCAGGCUUCGCCUCCAUUAUGACAAAGUAUUUUCAUGAGUGCUUCGAUUGUGCCAAAAUAUCCAUCAAAAUUAUGAAGAGCAGAGAGGAGCACGACGAGCAGAAAGCCCUGCAGGUAUUUCUUCUAAAUUGCACUAAUUUAUUCAUAUUAUUAUUGUUCAUUCUUGGAUCAAAAUUAGAAAAAGGGGUAAGAGAAUUUGGGAAUUGUAACUAAAACAUGUUAAUUUAGAGUGGAUUUGAAUGACACGUUUUCUGGAUAAUUGAGUCUUGACACUAAUCGAUACAAAUUGACUUUAGUUUUUGAACACUUUCUAGAUCUGACCUCUUGAUAAAGACAUUCUUGCUCUUUUGAAAUGACAUUUUAAUACCAUUCAGCCAAUGUUGUUUAAUUUUUUCCCGUAAAAUAAAACAUGUCGGU